AUGCUGGACGAGAAUCUCCCAACUUUUGUCCUCAAGCCCUCGAAUGAUAAACCCAGACAGCACUCGACCUUCUUCUUCUCCCAGCAUGGCGCCGAUUACGAGCCUGCAUACACCCUACGACAUCUCGACCCGGAGCAGCACGCCUCGCGGAAUCGAUAUGCCGUCGCACUCUAUGACGCCUUCAUACCUGACGUUCUCUACGCCGAAGUCCUCCUGAUCCCCGAAUGGACGCAACCGCCUCAUGUCUCGGAACAAGCACGACUCAACGGAGCAAUUCCACCUCCACCGGAACCUGUUCUCCCUAGCGAAUUCUCGAUACAGUUAUACAACCCUGAUCAGCAGAUCAUGGUCAAGCAUAAGCCCGCGAGCUGGAAUUCAGCAGCGUCUUGGGCUUUUGAAAUGCCGCAGCAAACAUUCCGAGCGCCCUCGGCUUCAGCGUUGGACCGCGGUCAGCACGAUCCCGCGGCCUCCGAGAUCACACCCAAGAUUGGUUUCAAGUGGAAGAAGGACAGUAAAUUCUCCAAAGAUCUAGCCUGCUUCUUGUCUGGGAAAAGCACAGACAUCGUGGGAAGCAAGACGAAGAGCAAGGAGCCCGACAUCACGGUAUCCAUAUUCAAAGGCCUGAAGGAGCUGACUUUGUACGAGCCCAACUUACAGCGGGUCGACCUCGAAGACUUGAAAGGCUUUGAAGUUGUGCUUCUACUCGGAGCGGUGGUCAUUCGAGAUGUAUAUUUCGGGUCAUUGAAAGAAACGUUUAACAUUUCUACAGCCGCAAGAAAGUCGAACCCAAACAGCCCUAGUGUCGUCGGCGCCGCCUUGAUCCCUGACGCUCGUCCUCAGACAGCUUCGCCAACCAGUGCCACUGGUCCCAUUCGCGACCCACGAGUGCCUCCUACGGAUCCUAGAAGCCAGUGGGAACUGGAUGCUGAAACCGCUCGUCUGCAAAGGCAAUUUGCAGAGGAAGAGCGUGCGAGGCGACGCCAGGAAGAGGAAGCUGAACGGAAAACGAGAAUUCUGCUUGAGAAAGAGGAGAGAGACAGACGUCGACGCCAGCAAGCUGAAGUCGACCAGGAGACCGAGCGAUUGAAGCGACUGUAUGGGCAAGAGGAUGCCAACGCGCGCCCGAAUCUGCCUCCUCGAGAUGCUCGACAGCAGAGACAUCACUCUGAAUCUGUGCAGACGGCGUAUCAACAGUCCCAGCAAGGCCUCCAACCAGCAGCUCCCUACACCAACGCAUGGGGCGGCUAUGCCUCAGGCGGCUCGAGUAAUACCGGCCCGUACAUGUCUGGCGCCGCUGCACAGUCCAGUCUUCUCACGCCGCUACCGACGCAGCCUCAAAAUCUCAAGCAGAAGUCGAGCCUUUUCAAUUUUCGCCGCCGCAGUGACCCUGACCCCAAUAAACUGCAGAGAAAGAGAAGUGCCGUCUUCUGA